AUGUCAGUUCCAGAUUUGAAAUGCUCUGUUGUUGGUGAUGCUAGAGUUGGCAAGACUUGUCUAACCAAAGCGUUUAUUGGAGAAAAGGGUGAUGAAAAAUAUACUCCAACUAUUUUUGAAAAUUACUAUGGGGAAACUUUCUGUAGAGGAAAGAAAGCCAUCGUGUCAAUUUAUGAUUUACCCGGACAGCAUGACUUUGACCAGAUGAGGCGAUUUGCCCUUAAAGACAGCAAUGUCGUCAUCAUUUGCUACGAUGUCCAGAAAAGAAAAUCAUUCGAAAAUGUCCAGUCUGUGUGGAUUCCGGAAAUUCGACAGUUCCUGGGAAAGACUAUACCAAUUGUUCUAGUGGGAAUUUUUUCUGGUAGAAAUCAAGCAAGAAGCGUGUCUAAAAGAGAGGCUAUCAAAGUCACCUCCCAAAUGCGAAUUCAUGACUACUUUGAGAUAUACUCUGACGAUAAUGUUGAAGUAUCCUGUCUGUUUUCUUGUGUCGCAUCUAUUGCAAAGAAAACAAAAAGACACCAUUCGUCCUUUCUUCGACGUAUGUUUAUAAAUUGACACUCAAUCAAAGUCUAUGGGUGUUAUUUUAUAGUUCCAGAUGAAUAAGAA